CCUCCUUCAGCCCUGCAGUUCGUCUGCAAAAGUACCAAUUACUCCGGAGUAUAUUUGGUCUUCCUUGCUCUUUUCUUUUUGUUCUCUUUUCUCUCCUUGCUUCGUAUUCUUUCCUUUUAUUCUACCCCGGAAUACCACCUUUUACUGUCUCUCUUUGCCGCUGGGGUCCCCGACACCCAACCGACGCCCGCCCGAACUCAACAAAACGGCCGGUACAUAUAUACAACAACCACUGUACAGCGUCUAUACUACAAAAAAAAAAAAAAAAAAAAAAAAAAAAAGGAAUGCGAAUCACAUAAUCCGAGUCAGUACAAAACGAAGAAGAAACCCAAUCAGAAUGGCUUGCUCCGCGCAGUCCAUGACUAUCGAGUCGUAUCCCGAUGUCACCGAUGUCGCCGAUGUCGCCGCCUCCUCUUCGGCCACCCCUCAAGAAGACACCUCGUUGCUACGAGACCGGACGCGCAGGCACUCCUUCAACAAUGCCAGGAAGAACUCGUGUGAUUAUGACGGGGAUGCGGUUUACCUGAGGGUUGAACUCUUCCUCGCCGAGUUGGAACGCCGGAUGCACUGGAUCGAACAAUACCGGAAGUCACACAUGGUUCAGAUUGAUGCUAGUCUCCGCAGAGGUUAUGCGACACUGGAGGCGGUCAGGGAUUCUUGCUCCUACGCCUCCGGAGAACUUAUGGGCAGCGGUAAGAAGAGAGCCAAGAUCCUGGUCGAGACCCUCGAGGGCCGCUACAAUGAGGCUCUGGUGACAAAGGAGACUCUGGAACAGAAGGCCCAGGCAGGCGUUCGUCUCAUGGAGUCGUUCUUGUCCGAGCUGGAAUCGCGAGCGCAUGCGGUCCGGGACCGUGGUAUCUAUGGUGCGAUCGAUGACGGCUGGAAGGCAAUGGACUCGAAAUUGGGUGAAGUGGUCGAUGAAGGAAUGGAACGGGCCCGACGAGCGAAGGAUGCGAUGCGGGAGAACAUCGAUCGUGCUAUCGAACUGGCGCAGCAGAAACGAUUGAUCGCCUACGCCGAUCUGCCUCACCCUUGGCGUAUCAACCCGCAUAUCCUCCAGGGCUAUCGAUUCAACUCCUCCAAGGUGGAAUGCUUUACAUCGGUUUUCUCCUUUUCCAACGAAAUGGUGAACAUCUGGUCGCACCUCAUCGGUCUGUUCAUCGUUCUGUCGGUGGCGUUCUAUUUCUAUCCGUUGAACCCCAACUUCCACUUGAGCACCAAGACCGAUGUGACCAUUGCCGCCGUCUUCUUCUUUGCUGCAUGCAAGUGCCUGGUCUGCAGUACCCUCUGGCACACCAUGAACAGCAUUGCCAACCAGCCGCUCAUGGAACGAUUCGCCUGUGUCGACUACACCGGGAUCUCCAUGCUGGUGGCGGCGUCGAUCGUGACAACGGAAUACACGGCUUUCUACUGUGAGCCCGUUUCCCGAUGGACUUACAUCCUUGCCACCAUGUGCCUUGGAAUUGGUGGUGUCGUUCUUCCGUGGCACCCGACGUUCAAUCGAGCGGAUCUCGCUUGGGCUCGCGUGGCAUUCUACGUUACACUUGCUCUGACGGGCUUCGCUCCUUUGGCGCAAUUGACAUACACCAGAGGCUUUGCCUGGUGCUUGUAUUUCUACGCCCCUGUUGUGAAGAGCAUUCUAGUCUACUUUGCCGGUGCCUGUGUCUAUGCCUCGCAAGUCCCGGAACGCUGGCGUCCUGGUUUGUUUGACUAUGUGGGCGGCAGCCACAACAUCUGGCAUUUCGCCGUACUUGGUGGAAUCCUGUUCCACUACUGUGCGAUGCAGGACCUCUUCGCUCAUGCCUUCGUGAGAGCCAAGGGAGAAUGUCCCAACCUGACCGCGUAAGGCGGUUUGUCAAUAUAUUAAUGCAUAUGACCGACUAUGAGUGAAGAUAUAUGAACCAAAAGUAUUGGACUCUUGCUAGGUACGGAUGGCCAGGUCUUCUCCAUGCAGAGAGA